CGCCGGCAUCAUGGGCGGCCAGUGCUCGAAGCAAGUGCAACACUGCAAGGCCGUGGCCUACGAGAAGCGAGCUCUGCGCGACCUCCUUGACUCCUGCGGAGCCGCGUUCCCCGGCUCCGACCACUUUCCGGCCGACCGGAAGUCCUGGAUGUCCGCCCUCGGCCCCGGCGAGCUCCGGCUCCAUCAGAUCGUGUGGCCGGGGACCCACGACUCUGCCACUGACUCCAUCGGUAUCCCCUGCAUCACCCGCCCCUUCGCCAAGUGCCAGUCCUUCUCCGUCUACGGCCAGCUCUGCCUCGGAGCACGCCUACUAGACGUCCGCGUCCAGAAAGAUCGCCGGGUCUGCCACGGAUCCCUCGUCUCCUACCCCGUCGACCGCGUCCUCGAUGACGUCAAGCGCUUCCUCGAAGAAACAAAGCACGAGCUCGUCGUCCUCGAGCUCCGAACAGAGUUCGGCCACGAGGACCCCCCUGACUUCGACAAGUUCCUCGUCGAGCGCCUCGGCGACUUCCUCAUCCCCCACGACGAGGCCGUCUUCGCCAAGACCGUCGCCGACGUGCUUCCGCGGCGCGUAGUGUGCGUGUGGAAGCCGCGGAAGGCGGCGCCGCCGGCGGCCGGAGGCCCUCUGUGGGGCCCGCAGUGUCUGCGGGACCACUGGAUUGACACCGACCUUCCGAUGACCAAGUUCGAGAACAACUUGCGGCGGCUAGGGGAGCAGAAUCCGGCGGCGAAGAGGGGGUACUUUUACCGGGUGGAGAACACGGCGACGCCGCAGGCGGACAACCCCGUGGUCUGCGUGCGGCCGGUGACGGGGCGGAUACGCCAGUACGCGAGGCUGUUCAUCUCGCAGGCCUUCAAGAAGGGGAUCGCCGACCGGCUGCAGGUGUUGUCCGCGGACUUCAUCGACGGCGACUUCGUCGACGCGUGCGUGGGUUUGACUCUAGCGAGAAUGCAGAGGAAGGCAUAACCCAUGAUUGCACUCUUCUUCAUAAUAUUAUUAUUAUUAUUCACCGUAGAAUUAUGUGUGAUAUUAAAUCUUGAGUGUGUUUUUUUUUUGGUAAAAUGUUAAAAAUGUAAAUAUAUUUACAUGGUAUUUCUUAAAGGAGGAAUAUAAAUAAAUUCG